CAAUAACUUGGCAACUAAUUUUUUAAAAUAUUUUGUCAUUAAAGUUGUCAAUGUCGAAUGUCAAUAAAAUUUUGUUUAUUUUUGUCGAGAUUGUUUUGAUUAAUAAUUUUCUACUUUCAAAAGUAUUUGUAAAUACCAUAAUUUCUAAAUAGACUUGUACAGCAAUGGUUCGUUUCAAAAAUAGAUAUAUUACCGUUGAGAUAGUAGCUCCCUUAGUGCCAGAAGACAAACCACUGCAGUUAAAACCGAAGAUAUUCCACGACACUGUUCUGAGUAAAAUUCAACAGAUGUAUGGUGAUUUUGGUGUUGCUGCUGUCAUAAACGGAUUUCUAACAAAAUAUUGCAAUGAACAUACGAGAAUAGCUAUAAUAAGAUCAAGACAUGGACCACACAGAUUUGUCACUAGUAGUCUUCCAUUUAUUACUAAAAUAGGUAGUCUUGAUGUGCGGCUGAACACUCUACAUGUUGGUGCCACACUAAAACACUGUUUUAAGUUUAUACAAAAGCAUCAGAGAGCCUAUUUAGAUACAAUGUGGUGUAAACUAAAAUCUGAUGAAGAUAGGCGUAAGUUAGAAGCUGCUGUCUUAGAUUAUACAAAAACAGAUGUUGCUAUAAAUAUAGAAAAUAUUACAUGACAA